UGCUAUUUCUGCUCAGGAAGGCUGUGCAUUGCAGUGGCCGUCAGAUGGGUGCGUCAGUUCAAAAUGGCUAGUUAACUUACAGUCGGGCAUCCAUUUUCAACCCCCACGGUCCAUAGUGGACUAUCUUCUACUAAGAAUCUAAAUUUUGGGUUUUUUUUAAUAUUUAGAAAGUGGAAUAUUGUGCUUAGAAGAAUGUGCUAGUAUCCAUCACCUAUACCAUAGCCUCAGAGCUCAAGUUUAAUUCUUCCUGCAUACUCUUCUCAGAACAUGGGGGAAAAUGACGAUGAAAAAUGCACCCAAGCUGGCCAUAUAUUUGAAAAUUUUGUACAGGCAUCAACAUGCAAAGGUACUAUUCAGGCCUUCAAUAUUCUGACCCGUCAACUUGAACUAGAUCCGUUGGACAAUAGAAACUUUUAUAUUAAACUGAAGUCAAAAAUUACCAGCUGGAAGGCCAAGGCUUUGUGGAACAAGCUUGAUAAAAGAGCAAGUCAUAAAGAAUAUAAGCGAGGAAAAUCUUGUAUGAAUACUAAGUGUUUGAUUGUUGGAGGUGGCCCAUGUGGUUUGAGGACUGCCAUAGAACUUGCCUUCCUGGGAGCCAAAGUUGUAGUUGUGGAGAAGAGGGACACUUUUUCAAGAAACAAUGUUCUGCAUCUGUGGCCUUAUACAAUCCAUGACCUCCGGGGUCUAGGAGCAAAAAAAUUUUAUGGAAAAUUUUGUGCAGGCUCUAUUGAUCAUAUCAGUAUUUGGCAGCUUCAGCUUAUCCUGUUCAAAGUAGCACUUAUGCUGGGGGUUGAAAUCCAUGUAAAUUUAGAGUUUGUGAAAGUUCUGGAACCUCCUGAAGAUCAAGAAAACCAAAAGAUAGGUUGGCGCGCUGAAUUUCUUCCAGUGGAUCAUCCUCUGUCAGAAUUUGAAUUUGAUGUUAUUAUUGGGGCAGAUGGCCGCAGGAACACAUUAGAAGGUUUUAGAAGAAAGGAGUUCCGUGGAAAACUGGCUAUAGCUAUCACUGCAAAUUUUAUAAACAGAAACACCACUGCAGAAGCCAAGGUAGAGGAAAUUAGUGGUGUUGCUUUCAUCUUCAAUCAAAAAUUCUUCCAGGAUCUUAAAGAGGAGACGGGAAUUGAUCUGGAGAAUAUUGUUUACUAUAAAGAUAGCACUCACUAUUUUGUAAUGACUGCAAAAAAACAGAGUCUUCUGGACAAAGGAGUCAUUAUUAACGACUAUAUUGAUACUGAAAUGCUCCUAUGUGGGGAAAACGUAAACCAAGAAAAUCUGCUGUCUUAUGCCAGAGAAGCUGCUGACUUUGCUACCAAUUACCAGCUGCCUUCGCUGGAUUUUGCAAUUAAUCACUAUGGGCAAUCAGAUGUAGCCAUGUUUGAUUUUACUUCCAUGUAUGCCUCUGAAAAUGCAGCUUUAGUACGGGAGAGGCAGAGACAUCAGCUCUUGGUUGCCCUGGUUGGAGAUAGUUUACUGGAGCCCUUCUGGCCAAUGGGUACUGGCUGCGCAAGAGGCUUCCUAGCUGCUUUUGAUACAGCAUGGAUGGUGAAGAGCUGGUCUCAGGGGAAACCUCCACUAGAGAUCCUUGCUGAACGAGAGAGCAUUUAUCGACUCUUACCCCAGACUACACCUGAAAAUAUCAACAAGAAUUUUGACCAGUAUACCAUUGAUCCAGGGACACGGUAUCCGAACUUGAACUCGAGCUGUGUUCGAUCCCAUCAGGUGAGGCAUCUGUAUGUUACAAAUGAACUACAACAAUGCCCUCUUGAAAGGGUAAGCUCUAUUAGAAGAUCAGUGAAUCUUUCAAGGCAUGAAUCAGAUAUUCGACCGAACAAGCUUUUAACCUGGUGUCAGAAACAGACAGAAGGCUACAGGAAUGUUGAUGUUACUGACCUCACUACCUCUUGGAGGAGUGGCCUUGCAUUAUGUGCAAUUAUGCAUCGCUUCAGACCUGACCUCAUUGACUUUGAUUCUUUGAAUGAAGAAGAUGCUGUCAAAAACAACCAGCUGGCAUUUGACAUUGCGGAGCGAGAGUUUGGAAUUCCUCCCGUCACCACUGGGAAAGAGAUGGCGUCUGCUGGAGAGCCUGAUAAGCUCAGCAUGGUUAUGUACCUCUCAAAAUUCUAUGAGCUAUUUAGAGGAACACCUCUGAGAGCAGUUGAUGCUGUGGACAAGCAAAAUGGAGAAAAUAAUGACCUUUCUUCUGCAAAGUCCUCAAACUCCAUCUUUAACUACAUCAAUUUGACGUUACCAAGGAAGCGGGUACCAAAAGUUGAAAGGAAAGAAGAAAAUGAAACAAAGAAAAGGCGUCGAAAGGGUCUUUCUAGUGGCUUUGAGGAGGCUUCAAGUUUUUCAAACCAGGAGACAAAUUCUGGGAAAGACCAAGGUGAUGGUAGAGAAGGGGUGAAUAAAAAUAAAGUCAAAUCCAUGGCAACACAACUGCUGGCAAAGUUUGAAGAAAAUGCCCCAAACACAUCGCUUCGGAGGCAGGAGUUAGUAGAUAAACCAGCCCUUCUCUCUUCCUGUCAUCCUCCUGUCAAACCUUGCUUUGCUAAGCCUCAGGAUCCAAGUCCUCCACCUCAGCCCAAAUGGCAGUUUCAGGCGGUAGCUAGAACUGAACAUGAGGUACGAGAACCAAAACAACCUUUUCAUGAUUCUGAUCAUAUGGCCAAGGCAUCACAGAGCACAGAAAAAGCACACAGGCAGUCCAGUCUUUCAAGAAACUCAGAAACUCUUGCAUCUGGCUGUCUUGCUGCCUCUGUACUGUCUGGAGUGCUUCAGCGCCUUCAGCAUGUGGAAGAAAAAAUUCAUCAGAAGAGAGCUCAGGCCAUAGCAAAUAGGGAAUUUCAUAAAAAGAACAUUAAAGAGAAAGCAGCUCACCUUGCCUCAAUGUUUGGAUACGUGGACAUACCAAAGAAUAAACUACCUACUAAAGGCCUCUCCCAUUCUCAGCCCCCAACUCCCUCUUGCCCUCCAUCUUACGAUUCAGCCGCUACUUCCUCUUCAGCAUCUGUUGGCUCUGCUUCCCCUGCUGUCCAUUCUAGAAAGAUGACUGUAGGGAAGGUGUCACGUGGAAUUGGUGCUGUGGCUGAAGUUCUUGUCAGUCUGUAUAUGAAUGAUCACAGGCCCAAGCCACAGUUUUCCUUCCAAGAGCUGAACCAGUCAUUGGAUGGCGAUAUAUCAUCCUUCCCUACUUCUUGUUCUGUUUCUCCAACUUGUGCUUCUACUAUUCAGAGCUGUCAGGUAUCUUUGAGAAAAGAAUUUCCUCAAACUGUAGGGGGGAGUGACAUCUGCUAUUUCUGCAAGAAACGGGUCUACGUCAUGGAGCGGCUGAGUGCAGAGGGUCACUUCUUUCACAGGGAAUGCUUUAAGUGUGAUGUGUGUUCUACAACGCUUCGGUUAGGGAUUUAUGCCUUUGAUGUCGAAGAAGGUAAAUUUUACUGCAAACCUCAUUUUACACACUGUAAAAUCAGCAAUAAACACAGAAAGAGAAGAGCCACAUUACCGAUACAAGAAAAGGGGGAUGCGGAAAUGUGGAAGAAAGAGGAAUCCAAGCCCCCAGAAACCACCACAGAAAGCACUUUAACUACUGUUAGCAGUUCAGAAGACAGGCCUCCAGACUACUACCUCCUGAUAGCUGAUGAACCCACCUCUCCUAAGAAGCCCAAGAAUGUCACUGAGCUUUCUGACUUUGAGAGCAUUUGCCCUUCCCUCUCCCCAGAAUGGGCCUCCGUGAGAGUCAUCCCAGAGGAAGAAAUGACAGAACGCAAUCUUAUGGCCAUCCGUGUCAUGGUCACCAGUGAUGGGAGCAGUUCGGAGCCAGAAUCAGAUUUUUAUGGUGAUUCAUCUAAUUCUGAAGUUAGUGAAGGAAAGAUCUCAUUGCCUGAGGCCAUAUCCUCAACAAACCCCAGAAAGUAUGCAUCAUCAACAAGAAGUUCUGAGGAAGAAGAGGAAUACCAUGAAAAGUCUAAAGUCGCCGAUGCGCUACAGAGAGCCAAUAGUUUUCGUUCCUCUUCAUCAAAUAAAUACCAGAAUUGGAGAAGAAAAUUGCAAUCUAAUUUCCCACUCCUGUAUAGCAAGAAACCCGGGCUGCAUUCAAAGGAGAAUUCAGGCAGUAUUCAGUCUGCUCUUGAGGAUGAUCUCCCCCCAACACAGUUGAUGUCUAACAACAAGCCACCUGAAAUUACAAGACAUUUCAAACCCUACAGCCCAAUAUUUAAAAGAAAGUCAAAAACCAGAGAAACACCUGAAGAAAUCCCUUUAUAUGUGCUUCAUCAUCCGGUUCAGAAUAGUAUUGGGGAUUCUUUUUUGAAACAUUCAGAAUCUGUAUCACCAGAUGCCAAUUUAUAUAACUAUGAAUAUGAGGAUGGUAAUGCUGAGGAAUACAAAUUAGAAACCUGGAAUGAGAAUAUCAGGGAACAGGAGCCUUUAGCAGAAAGAGGGGCCUCUAGAAGAAAAAUAGUAGAUUUGUCCUCGCUGAAUUUGGAGGAAAAAGAUGAAAAAAAUUCAAGACACCCAAAAGAAAAGGCUGAACUAAAUGAGAUAAAGAAAAGGAUAACAAGGAAGUUAAUGCUUUCUUCAGAGCAGCAAUUCAAAUUAAAUGUUUCAAACAACGCAGACCUAAGUGGAACAAAACCAGGGUAUCAAAGCAACAGAGCUCUGGAAAUUUCAGAACAGAAGGAUGCUGACAACAAUGCAAGAGAAAACAGUAUAUCUGUGCUUUCUCCAUUUGAAAAUGAAGCCUUGCCAAUUGUGCCAGUUAAUGCAAAAGAUAUUCAGAAGAGUCUGGACAAUACUGGAGGAGAACAACUGCCUAGCCAACCAAAAUCACCAUUGAAACUAAUUGCCAGUGCAAUAAAGAAAUCCAUUCUAGAGCCUCUUAUCUCUCCUUCAGAAAGCAUAAAAAAGAGCUCAGACAGUAAAAGGAAACCUCAUUCAGAACAUACUUUCUUCAGCUUCCCUAAUAAUGCCAGUCACUCUGUGAGUCUAAACAAUAGCAAUGGAGGACAGCCACAGGGGUCCAGUGUGCCGAGGCAUCCAGGAGAAGAGUCUGAACUGAGGAACUCAAGUAAAACCUCAUCUAAUAUUUUCACUAGUCUUGAAGAGAAGUCUCCAUAUGGGUACACGGAGGUACACUUUCCUGCUUGCAGUUUGCAUACCAGUCCUUCCAAGCCUGAAAAAUCAUCUUACACCAAGAUAGAGGAUGUACCAAGACUCCUAGAAAAGUUUACCCUGAAAGAGACUCCUCUGAGAUCUUCAGGAGAUGACAUGCUUACUAGUAAACAAAAGAACCUUUCUGUUUCAUCUCUAAGGCUCAAGAACAAAAUUUCCAAGGAUAACACGGUAGAUCCUUCACAGAGGAGUGAUAUCAGGACAUUCUUUACUAACUUUAGAACUAAAGUCACUGAAAGAGAAAAAAAGGAUCCAUCAAAAUCCUCUGUGCCCAUUAACAGAUUUUUCCCUGAAGAAGUGCUAAGUCAUCCUUCCACAGGCUCUGAACACCUAGCUGUCAGAAAACAAGUGACUGAGUGUUAUUCUUCAUCUUCUGAUAAUGAAAUUGAACACAAGCCUUCAUUAGCAUUCAAGGUUAAAAGGAGUCUUAAAAGGAAGAAGAAGUUGGAAAAGGAGACAAAGCAAUUGAUUAAACAAGAGCAGCUGAGAAGGCUCCACAAAGCACAGGCUAUCCAGCGCCAACUAGAGGAGUUGGAGGAGAGGCAGACAGCUCUAGAGACAAGGGGUGUUAAACUGGAGAGGGAGCUGCGAGGAGAAUCAGAUUCAGGCACACAGGAUGAAACUCAGCUGUUACAUGAAUGGUUUGAACUAGCCCUGGAGAAGAAUAAAUUAAUGCGUUAUGAAUCUGAGCUCUUGGUGCUAGCCCAAGAACUAGAACUGGAGGAUCACCAAAGCAGAUUGGAACAGGAACUGAGAGAGAAAAUGGCCAUUGAUGACAGCCUGAAAGAUGAGAAAGAUCUGAAGGAGGAGAAUGAAAUUUUUAUCAAGAUGAUGAGAGUGAUUGCAGAAAGGGACAAACUCGUGUCUUCCUUAGAGCAGCAGAGAUUGAAGAAAAAGGCAGAAGAUCAGCACUUUGAAAGCUUUAUGUUACCUAGAGAAUAUCCACUCAACAGGACCUAAAUAAUCACAUACAAAUGCAUGGAACUUUAGCAAUGUUAACCAACAUGGAGUGACGUUUUUUGGCCAACGUCUGGCUGAAAUGAAGGAAUUUCAUGUUAAGACUUCAGCUUGUUUGGGGAAAUGUAGUAUCAACAGUUUUUAUACAGGCUCUUUGCUUGUACAACAGAAUCUCUAGUCCUAGUGAAAAAAUAUGUGAAGAAGUAUCUAAAUCUCAUUAUCAACAAGAAGGGUCAGUCAUCCUAGGAUACAAAAAUGGAUUGAGUUCACCUGUCUGACAGACAGUAUGCACUGUGAAAAUUAAACUAGUUGUUCAUUGUUGUCCUUUUUCAUAGAGGUUUAUUAUAAUUUUGAAAACAGAGUUCCCUAGAAAUAUAACUGCAUGAUUUAAUACUUUUGAGAAUAGAAUAAUUUCCAAUCUAUUCUUUUGCAUCUCUGUUUGUAUUUUAGCAUGGUUGAGGCAGAAUGAACAGUAUGCAAAGUUCAGAAGUUAGUAUCACUUGUGUAAAAAUGUUAGCAUUAAAUAUAUAUUUCGUGGAGAAGAGGCAGACAAGUUUCUUGGGGUAAAUCUGAUAUCUUUUAUUAGACCAACUAAAAUAGUUGGAAAAAUUCUUAUUUGCAAGCUUUUGGGUACAAACACCCUUGUUCAGGCCGAGGGAGCGUCUGCAGUUGUUACGUACUCUCCUGGAUGGAGAAGAGAGUCUUUUGAUUAUUAGACUGUAGACAUUAUACAUAGCUAUUUUACUGCAAAUGCAAUGCCACUGAAAUUUAAUUUACUAGGUAUAUUUAUAAGCUUGAGUACACUUUAUAUUUUGAACAAGGACUUAAUACAAUGUUAAAGCUCUUUCACUUAAUACCAAAGGGAUUACUAACCUUCACAAAAUGCUGAAAGGUCAAAAGAGCAGUAACUGACCUGUUCUGUAACUGACCAAAGAACUCAUGGAAGUAUUGUGGCAGAUUUUUAAUGUGUAUAUGACACAUUAUGAUUUUACAACUUACAAUCUUGACAAAAGCAGGUACUGUAUCAAAGAACUGUCAGUAACUGUAAAUCAACUAGAGAUCUGUCAUAGAAUAACAUCACAUAACCAUGGGCACCUUUUUCUGAAUGUUUAUGCUGUCAG